AUGCGCUGCCCUGGCUUGAUCGCGCAGAGAAGUUGCCACCUGAACACGUUGAGAACCCUUCUGGAGAUCCCAAUCCAGUGUCGAUGUCGGAUCUUGCAAGCGGCCAAGCUCAGCUGUAUGGGUUGCGAUAGUGGUGUCAGCUAUUCGCAAGCGACGCUCGUAGUUGUCAUUCAAGACGACCGUCCGAACCCACCGUUUGCGUGCCGUGAGCACAGUCCUAGUUCUGCGGACGAGGCCAAGGCCCGGGGCUUCCACUGUGUGUCUGGGAGCUCCGUGAAACGGCACACUCCAGUGUCUAGCGAGCACAGCGUUGACAGCGUGCACUCGCUCGCAAAUGAUCACGUUGGUAACGGGUCAAAGACACCUAUGCGCUCUGAGAGCCUUGCCGACGAGGCGAAGGGCUCGUCCAAUGUUGGCGGCGACGAGGGAGGCAAACCUCCGAAGAACCUCUCGCUCGCCGAGGGCCUUGAGCGUGCUCAGGCUGCUAAAGCCGCCGCCAAAGAGGCCAAGGAAUCUAAGAAGGGCAUGGCUUCUAAGUCUCCACUCCGCGAGGGUAGGAAAUGUGGCGAAGUGGUUCUGCGAAAAUUGCUGUACACUGCGCCCGAACUGCCGACUAACGGAGGGGGUACUCCGAUCUUCCGUGAGGUUGUAUUGUGA